AUGGCUGACAACUUCCCGACACUCGUUCAAAAAGCGAUCGAUUUGUUUGAUAACGAACGAUUGUUGGAGGCCUAUCAUCUACUCAUUGAUAAUGAAAUUAAUGUUGUUCGUACGGUGGAUGAUGAGAGUAGUAACAAUAAAUCAGUAUUGCCCUCGGAUAUUACUCAAAAAUUACAACAAAUUAUUCAGGAUGGAAAAUUGGCAGAGCAAGUGAUGAGAGAAUUCAAUUCCGAUGAUGGGUGGAAAUUGUGUGUAGAGAAAGAUAAGAUGCAAAGUUUUUACAAGGAUAAUGGAAGAGGAAUGCAUGCCGUUAAAGUUCAAGGAUAUAUCUCAGCCCCGAUUUUUCAAGUGUUAUCCAUAUUUUACGAAGUGGACUUGUACAAGUCAUGGGUGCCUCAAAUGAGAGAAUCUUUAAUAAUUCACAAAUUAGCCAAGUACAGAUUUCUGGCAUAUUUUUCGUUUGAUUUACCAUGGCCAUUUAGCCCAAGAGACUUAAUCUCGUAUGCUUUUGCGGUUGACAAGCUUGAAAAAGACGGCUCAAUCAUGGUUGUGGUUAAGGGUGUGACAUCAGAGUCAUUGCCACAACACAAAGACGUCAUUUCCAAGUAUGAAAACCCUAAUAAUGUGUGUUCAGAGUGCGAAUAUUCUGGUUUUCUCGUAAAAUAUAUUUCUCCAGAGGAGACCUAUGUACAAAUAGUGGGAAGUGUUGAUCCAAAAUUAUCCUAUGUUCCUUAUUGGUUCAUUAACAUGGUGACAGAUAAUGCAUCGUAUUUGAGCAUGUCGAAAUUACGAAACGUUUCAGCAAAAGUUCCUCAUUCAGAAUAUCAAAAACGAAUCGACGUAAAUGAUGCAAUUUAUGGAGACAUUAAGAGAAGGCUCGAAUCCCAUCUCCAAUAA